UAACAAAUUGACAGCGCUUCCAAUUGAUCACUUGUGCAUUUGCAUAUCAAGUUGUGGUGUAAACCCUUAAUUCUUCGUAAAAACCAAAUAUAUUUCCUAAUUCAAAGGAUGAAUCUAUCUCCUGGUGCGAAGGAACGACUAGGCGUUGUAUUCGAAGUGGUUAAGACCACCUUCCAUUGGGGCUUCGUUCCAGCUGUGUUGUAUCUUGGUUUCCGGAAAGGAUCCGAAGCGGGAAUGCCUCCGUUGUCCGUCAUGAGUUUACUUUGGCAAUAGAUGUAAUAAGGAGUGUAUAUAAUCAAUAAAACGAAAAGGCAACAUGAA